UUGAUUCGGUAGUAACAACUACAUCAUAGUACAUGUAAGUCAACAGAUUUACAACUAAACUUGUCCAUGGUUGUGACAGAUACUUUCACGAAAUUACGAACAUGAAAACAGAAUUUACUGAUGACGUGAUAUUGAUCAGGAUUUUGUUAUAACAAAGCACCACCAGUAAUGGACACACACAGCUGCUGUUUUGAGUGCUGCACUGAUCCAUGUUCCUGACCUACCAACCUGCCCCAACACUAUGUCUUCCAUGGAGCUCUACCAGGUGGGUGGGACUGAGAAGAUCCGGAACUUGGAGGAAGGUCUCGCCAAGGAGUUGACUGACCUCCAGAAUGACAUCGAGGAAAAUGACAUGAUUGGUGGCUCUCACAAAACUGCCAGCUCUUGCUCCUUGCCAAAGAGCAUCGACCAUUUUCGAAAGCAGAGAGAGUUGGUCAUAAAAAGAGCAAUGGAGGUGAGCGAAGCACUUCCUCUUGUCAUGCAGGCAGAUGUGAUGAAGGAAGAGAUGGAGAUCAGUCUACAGAAGGAGUACACAGAGGAGAGUCUGCCCCUCAUUCUGCAUCAGCACUUUUGCGAUCGCAUCCAGCAGCUGGUGCAGUGCAAGCAUAUGCACAUGCUGCGAUGGAAGAGAUUCUGUGAGCACACCAGUGCAUUGGAGGCCCUCUACGCACCCUACCAGAAACGACUAGCGGAGAUCAUGGCAGAGUAUUCAGACACGAGUGCUCGUGCUCGGCGCCUGUCCAUAGCCCACGAGGCCUACCUCAUGGGCAAAGUACCCGCUCACAACCAGGUUACUGAAGAAGAUCUGAUGAUCUACAUGCGCUGGCUGACAUGCCAUCUACACUCCACCAAAAAAAUACAUGCAUACCUCCGGAUCCUGGAGUGGCUGCCUGUCUCCCACAAGCAUGAGUCCCUGCCCCCACCACACCACCAACACAUUCAGGAUGCGGAGAAAGGGGAGGAGGGCAAUGAUGACCAGAACUUGAUGGCAUCCGGCACUAUCCCUAAUCCGUCCCCCCGUAUCAUCCAGAGCCAGGGCCGCUGGUCCAUCUUUGACGGCCGCAUGUCCCUGACCGAUCCCAUGGGCACCCUGUCCAGCAUGGGUAGGGGGUCACUUAUGACCGACCAGUUCCGACAGUCAUCCCCGCUGGUGGAGCAGUCGGAAUCGGACGGCGCCAGUGAUACUGCCUCCAUCAUGUCCUCAUCUGUUAACAUGGGCGGCACUAACACAGUCCCUCAUACUGCACGGGCCAUUGCUGCUGCAGCAGCUGCAGGGGGAGGGCCUGCCUCCAACUCAGACACUCUGGGCAUACCAUGCCACGUCACAGACUUGGACCACCUAAGACCACAGCUAGAGUUUCUUAUGUCAUGUUAUGGCAUCCAUGCAAAUCUGGACCGAAUCAAUGGCCCCUCGGAUGAAAUGGAGUUGCUUUCCUAUGUCAAUAGGCGAUUCAAGACAGCUUUUGCCAGGCAGGAAGAACAGAAGACAUUUCCUACAUAUGAUAAACUGGAGAUGGGUAACGAGUCCUGGGGAGCAGAUGUCUCCAAUCAUGCUCUGAUCAAGGAAUCUAACUGGCUGCCAUUCAUUAAACUCAAGGCAAGAAGAGACCCCGUGCAGGAGAAGAUGAUGACAAAGCUGAGGCACAUCGGCAAUGUGGACGAGCUGCUCAGAGCUCAGAGCCGUUUUUUCUCCGUCAAUGACAUCAAUAAAGUUCAAGAUGCCCUGAAGGAACAUGCUAUUGCUGUUCGUGACCCUCCCGCAGUACAGGCAGUCUCGGUCACAUCACAUCGGACAUCACUGGAUACUAAGAAUGUGUGGAGACAGAUAUACUCUAGCCCUGAUCUUUAUAGCAGCAGUGGCCCAGCGGAUGACAUCGCCAUCACUGACUUUGACGAGAAGGAUGUGGACAAUAUCAAUCUGAGCUCGGGCUCCCGCUCUGGCAGCGCGCUGGCCUCGUCACGGCGCCGCAGGAAGGAGGAGACGGAUGAGUACGACUACACCAGUGCCCUGCAGCUGCUGGGCCUGGAGGAGGACGACAGCAGCCAGCAGGACCCAGCAAUGGUUCAAGGGGGCUACCUGGCCUUCCUGCAGCUCAGGCACCUCAAGAUCAGAGACCUUCAGAGGACUUGUUUAGGCAUAUUGAAUUACUUCCGUUCAGUGGAGCGCACUCUCACCAUCAAUGAUGGUGGGCUCUCACUUGAAGGAAAGCAGCAAAAACGUAACAGUAAGCAGAACCACAAACAGGGUGUGAAUGAUGGUGGGCUAGGAGGGGGAGGUGGACUUGGUAGUCAUGGCUACCUGCAUUACACACCUUCUGAAUUCAGGCUGGGUGAGUCUGAAUUCCUAGAGUUUUCAGAGGUGGAGAACCAUGAUGACUUCUACUCUCUGGAUGAAGGCCGAGUGCAUGUCCAGGAUCAACGAGGGUACUAUGUUAUCUACCAAGCGGCAAUGGAGGACUUCAAGCAACUGGAGAAAGACCUGCUACUGGUUGCUACUUGCUUCAUAGAGAGAGAUCGAGAAAACAGAUUUGGCAAGAUCGGGCUAAGUAAAUCUAGUUCCCAGGGUCGAAGGAAACAGUCACAGGCUGCCAGCGACAUGGACCUGCCCAGCUAUGGUCACCAGCAGGUGGAUCGCUUUGCUGUCCUGCUUGACUUGUGGUCCAACGAGGCAGCCUUCCUUGAGAAUAAGAGACAGCUACUGGAUGUAUACCUGGAGGCUUACCAGCAUGUCUUUGACAUGCACGAGAAGCGCUCUCUGGCCCAGGUCAUCACCAACAUAACCUACCAACGGCCUCGCUUUGACCUGAAGGCCGAGUAUUUUGUACGCACCUAUCGGGCUGAGUGCCACUGCCUGAGACUUCACUGCGCUCUCAUCAAGUCCGUGCUGGAUCAGCAGAUUAGCGACCAGCGGGAGUACAUCCAGAAAGUUUGCCGAGAUGGUGAGGAGCAUCAGAUUGGGAAGCCGUUCCGCAUCAUUCCAAAGCAGCCGGUGUCCAUCAACAUCAGCAGGUCUGCUUUGCAGUGUGUGUACCUAUUGGAAUUCCACCCAAGCCUUGCACUGGCCAGCCGAGUACCACAGGCUCUCACUCAAGCUUUCAAUGAAUUGGUGCAUGCGCAUCAGCCCCGCUCUGUUACUGAGAGCAUUCUGAUUGAAAAGAAAAUACUGGAGAUUGCGCAGAGGGAAUGGGAGCACCUGCAGCCUGUGGGGAGCACCUUCUCCAAUCAGAUACAGCGAGAUCUGUUUUCUGAGGUCUAUGCUGAGGACCCAACCUUCAUGUGUGAGAUUGCCCAAUCAGUGAUGGCUUCUCUCGAUGCUGCGGCUGGAAGGAGGACACCAAAAGAGAGGAAAGCCGAUUUGCUAAAGAUAUGGUCAAGACUUCUUGAGACAAUCACAUUGAGACACAGGCUGAUUGAAACAGCUAAUGAAACAGAGCUGCUCUCCAAGCUUUACAAGGACCAGGCUGCUGACAUGGGCUUUGACCUGUGCCAUCUGUUCUUGCGAUGUGUCCAGUUUGAAUUUGCCUCCCACAAGGAGAACGCUGACCAGCCCCCUCCACUCUUCAUCACAGCACUUCACGAAGACGACACAAAUGUUGACAGAUAUGUGCCGUCAAGUUUGUUCCUGGCUAUCCAUGAGUUGGAUGAGAAGCAUGUGGGUCAGCUUAGCUUCCGGACUAAAGACGGCUUUCUCAAGCUCAUGAAAGGUAGCAGCCUGGAGAACCUACAGGCCGUCCUGAUGGCUCAGGUGGUUCACAAGAAUGCCCUCUUGGCUGCCGUUCAACAGGGCAGUGUCUGCUCCUUCUUCAAGGAGGACGGGCCAGACAAUGGUCCCAAGACAAGUGGCAUGAAGUCUCCCCAGAAUGCAGGCAGUGACCGCACCAAUGUCCUCCUGGCCAGCCAGAAUGCUGCCACGCCCAUGGCCACUGCCACCUCGGUCAUCUUUGCGGCCAAGCUCAAGUCCUCAAUGGAGAGCCACAAGAGGUCCCCGGAGUCCUUUGUUUCCUUGCAGCUGGAAAAGACCCCUUCAAGGGACGUGAUGCUAAAUACUUACCUGACCAAGAAAGCCAACUUAGGAACUAUUAUGAAGAACCCUGAUGAAGUGGAGAAACUCAAACGGGGCCUGAUAGUGGAUUUCUGUCGGCGGUUCAUGCGUCGCAUGACCCAGUACUCCCUGCGAGGGCAGCUCAUCGCUUACCUGAACAGUAUCCUCUUCCUGCUGGAGAACUUCCCUAGUAUCCGCAAUGGAUGCUUCGUGGUGGGCCUGCCCAACGAGAAAAAGACGGCCAUGGAUGACAAGAAGGGGCUAGUCACCAACCCGAGGGACCUCAAGAAGCGACCAAGACGUCUCUUGUCCUCCGAUGGCUCUACCCUCUUGAACUUAUGGUUCCUCCCCCACCACACGGAGGUCCUGCACAUGUUUAAAACCUUGGAUGAAGACACUUGUGCGAGGGCGCUCUCCCAGAGCCUGCGAAUCGUUGCCUCAUUGCAUGACAUACUGCAGUACCUUUGUGCUCACUCCAAGCUUGGAAGCUCCAAUGCCAGGCUUGGGUCUGGUAAACAAGAGUUUGUAACAGCAGACUGGGGUGGCACAGAAGGAAUAUCUGCAGAGCUCAGAGAAAUCCAGAAACAGGUCAACCACCUGGACAAUCCCACGGAUCCACAAGAGGUGGCAGACUUUCUGUCCCUGCGCCGCGAUGUCCUCUUCCUGGAGUACGAUGCCACCAUGAGGCACUCCCUGCGUGAGACCUUCCUUUCCAUGGGCAACCACCUGGCCUACCACAGCAGCUCAGACAGCAUCUACUUUGCCCUGACCGGGCUGAGCAACGUCCAGAUGUCCAGCGUGUUCGGAGCCUACUUGCCGGUGCCAGAACCCUUGCAGCCCAGGGACUGGAAGGCCCAAGAGCUGUUUCCCUGGAGGGCUCACCUAGGAAGGAGAGGACCAUUCCCACUUCGUUUCUGGCAGUGGCAGCAGAUUGAGCUCAACAUGCAGCUGAGCAUGUCAGCACUGAGGGAUGUUGACAGACAUGUUGCACACGGUGAGAUCCUAGGUGUGUCUCUACUGAUGGAGGAUGUCCUUCAGAGUGGACAGCAGGACAUCAGCAUGGUGCCGGAUGACAGCGACGAUGAAGAUGACAACCUUAAGGCCACUGGCACCGCAGCACAGGGCAAAAAGAGCCCUGCCCGGUCCCGACCGCGCAGUGCGGCCAGCGCCAAGUCUGCAUCAUCCCGGCCAGGCAGCUCUACAGCCAAGGAGUCAGGCCAAGAAGUCAUUUUGAAGAAGUCCUUGUCUCGCACCACUGAACCCAUCAAGGCUUACUCCUUACUGAAAGACUUCCUGUUACUGUGGAAACGGCUUGAAGUGUUCAAAGCAGAGUGGGGACAACGGAAACUUGGGCAGGAGGAGAUAAACACGCCAACACUUUACAGGAAAUUUUGCAAGUUGUACAAGACAGAUAUCCUGUACCCGGUUAUCAGAAUCAUAGCCAAGCGAUAUGGAGAGGCGGAGCUGUACGAGGGCAUGGUGUCAGACUCGGAGCCCAUCGUGGCUCCCAGGGGUGCCUCAGAGAUGGAGAUCCGAGCCAAGCAGCUGGUCAAACUCUUGGACAGUCUGGAGAACCACAUGAUCUAUGAGCUGAGGCGCAAGGUGGCCCGGGAGCACUCCCUGGUGCUAGCUGAGAGGUCAAGGGAAGAGGGUAAUCUACCCACUGACCUUUGGAAGAAACCGGCCAUCAAUGAGCGCUUCACUUUUGCCAAGCCCCAGAUCGCCGAGGACUUUGCCUGGUACCUGAUGGAGGUGGGCCAGCGGCGGGACGAAGAGAAGGCGCUGUUGCUUACCGAUGACCAGCUGAACGUGGCACUGUCCAUGUUAGCCACCACCAUCAUGGCCAGGGAAAGGACCAACUAUGAGAAUUAUUCCAUGUUCUAUGAGAACCUAUUGAGGCAACACCAUCAACUGCUGUACCAGAGAGAGCGGGAGAUUGAGCAGCUGAAGAAAGCGUGCAAAGAUGCCACGGCAUCAGCACUUGUAGAGGUGCAGUGUCAGCUGGCUGAUAGGAGUCAUGAGCUGAUUCUGGAAAUCACUGCCCUGCGUGCCAAGGUAGCUGAGAUGCGAGAACUGUCCAUGACCCAGGAAAGGGACCUGAGAGAGAAGAUGCAAGAGGAGUAUGACACGCUGGUGCAGAGCCUCUUCCAGGGCGCCUUUGGACUCAAAGUCAAGUUUGACGAGUUUGGAGUACGACUGUAUGAUGAGGCUUUUAGCAUCGUCGGUGAGGUCCGACGGGAGGCAAUGGAAGCCAUGAAGAAAUUUACUCCAAGAACAGCGGAAAAAGACGAGUCAGGAAUUACACUCAAUGAGCGCCGCGCUGUGGAUCUGCAGACUUUACGUCACGAGAACAACAACCUGAGUAGACUCCUCCUCAAAAUGAAGGCGCUCACCAACUGGAGACUGACCAAUAUGAGACAGCAUUAUAAGGGAACAUCAGAUGCCCUGCAGCAUGAGGUAGACCGAUGCAAGCGGGAGUACCUAGCCAUCAAAAUGACGGCAGAAGAGGAGGUGAUCCUCCUGAGACAGCAGCUAAUGGCGCUACGCAAGGCCCUGGCCACCUCUGACAAAGAGCGGGAGACGGUGCAGAAGCAGCUAGAUAAGGAGAUGCGCAUAAAGCAGGAGAGACAGCAUAAGCUUGAACAGGAAGCCCGUAGCGCUAGGCAGCUGGAGGCGGCCAGGAUUGCAAAUCUGGAGAGAAUGAUGGACGAGAUAGAUGACAAAGAACUGCGUCUGCGCAUCCUGUCAGAGGAGUACGACCGCACCUUGCGCCUGUACCAGACCACACAGGAGAAGGCCCGCAAGGAGGUGCACCAGAUCAAGAACCGGCUGGACCACGAGCGCAGCCUCAAGCUGGAUGCCUUCCAGCGGGUGGACGAGCUCCAGACCCAGGUCUAUGACUAUGAGGCAGCCGUGUCAAGCCUGUCCAGGCCCUACACAGCGAUGAGUAAGUGCACUGCUUGAUAGUUGGCAAAAGUUUGUGCCCUUUAUUUGCCCCAGUAUUGAAGCCAAAACCCCACAAGACCACCACAAGGUCAACAAAAGGUCUUCGGUCUAAUUUCAAAUCCCAACAAGCUCUUCAAAAGAAUUGCAACAAAGACAUUCGUGUAUCAUUGACCAUGCUAUGUAUAUUUAUGUUGCAGCUCCUUCUCUUUUAUAUGACAGGGGUCGAAAUUAGCGGUAGUCCGCUAGCCCGAGGCUAGUUAUUUUAGUGGGAGGACUAGUAGUUCCUACUUGUCGGUAGUCCGACGGGCUAGUGCCUUUUUUAGCGGGGGCAUGAAAAGAAAUACACACCGUAAAUGUAACACCAUACCGUGCAGUGGUAUUUUGAUUGCAGAUGCAUGUACAUGUACAUUUGUACAGCCUACCGUUACGCUGUAGACACAACAGGUUCUUUCCAUACACAACACGGCCCAUGCGUACAUGUAUUCACUUCGAGCUGAUACUCUACACAUGUAGGCCAGCCACACGACAUUGUACGCAUCAUACAAGUGUACGUGUGGAUUUCACGGUACCCCAUACACUUUAACGAUAUAUUGUGCAACGAGAAAAAACGUUUUCUAUUGGGCUAUCGCGAAAAUAAUCCAGCGUUUUGUCCAAUCAGCCUGCGUGUUUGAAGCGACAACAAUAGUCUUUUCAGCACAUAAGAUUGAUUUCUACUGGCUGUUACUUAAAAGAAUGAAACGAUUCGGCCAAUUGCAUUGUGCGUUAGAAACAAUACAAUUUUCCGAGCGCACAUGGAUCGAUACCGUCUUUUCAGAUUCGCGCAAUUUAGGAAACGAUAUGAGUGCCAAAAAUCCAAAACUUAAUUAUUUUAGUUUGAUUUUAAAAAUUGUGCAAGCAAUAUAAAUGCAGACAAUGACAUCGAUCAUUAAUCCUUCCUCUGCUAAGCAAGUAGGAAAUAAAAUUGUGAAUGAAUGCUGUUUUGGGUUACUUUAACUUAAAGUUUUAAUGUGAAAAUCCUAUAUUGGCUUGCAAAAACUAAAGUGAACGUUGCUAGUCUGGGGACUAGAAUCGUGGAAAGUAGCAGUGGUCGCCUCCUGGGACCUGCAUGCCUGCUGGAGAGUAACAUAAAAUGUGGAAUAGCAAAUAUAAUGCAUAUUAAACCAUACUUAUAUACAUGUAAAUGAAAAGAAUCCUGCGUUGUUUUACUGUACUUAGGCCGAUUAGCAUUUUUGUAGGACUACUGAAAAACUCAAAGGACUAGUAAAACAAUGACAUCACUAGUCCUGUGGGCUACCAUAGAAACCAAGUUAAUUUCGACCCCUGUGAAAAGUCUUACACUGUACACGUAGCAGUAAAAUGCACCUUGCGUCAAUUGAAUAAGUGAUCUGGUCUAACUUUGUCAACCUUUUACAUGUUAAGGUUUUUCAUUCCAGAUAAAAAUAAGUAAAAGCAAGUAUAAUUCAAAUAGUGUUUUCAUUCAGAGCAUGGCAUUUUCAGUUUUAAGAAAGUCCCUGAAUGCCAAAAGAAGCAUGGUAAGGACGGACGACCAUUUAGACCUGGUUUGAAAAGGGCCCCCGUAGCCCACCCUGUGUAAUGCCUGCCUGGUAUUCAGGCUACUCCAGGCCAGUAUCAGGCCUGUCUGCACAUCGGCAUUUCAAAGUCCCUGAUGGAAGG